GAGAGGAUACAGCCGGGAUGCAACGCAGUGCCGCGUGAAAAUCAAGGAGCUGAGACAAGGCUACCAGAAGACCAAAGAGGCAAACGGACGCUCCGGAUCCCAUCCCCAGACAUCCCGUUUCUACGAGGCACUGCAUUCCAUCCUCGGUGCGGCCGCCACCACUACCCCACCACUGACCGUGGACUCUGAGGAUGGGAUAUUGUCCACGGCCGGUUCCUCGGACAUGUUAGCGGACGGGGAAGAUGAGGAAGGAGAUGAGGAGGGCGAGGCAGUCGGCAGCGCUCACAACACUGAUUUCCCCGACAGCCAGGAUCUCUUCAUCACCCUUACAGAGAUCCCCUACGAAGCGUCCCCAGCCGUUACCCCGGACACAGAAUCUGGGGAAGGAUCAGCCACCACAUCUGCGACUGUCUCACAACCUAGCCUGGCAUCACACUCCCAGAGGCUAGCGAAGAUUAGGCAUAGGAAGAAGAGGACACGGGAGGACAUGUUCUCUGAACUUAUGGCCUGUUCCCAAGCCCAGGCAGCACAGCAGACCCAGUGGCGGGAGAAAUUGACCCAAAUGCAGCAAGCAAACAUGGAUCAGGAGGAGAGGUGGCGGCAGGAAGACCAGCAGGCGACUCAAACGCUGCUUGGACUACUGAGGGAGCAAACAGACAUGCUCCGGCGCCUUGUGGAUGUUCUGCAGGAACGGAGGCAGGAGGACAGAGCCCCGCUGCAGUCCAUCUCUAACCGCCCUCCCCCGCCACCAAGUCCCAUACCCACCUCACCCAAAGUGCAAAGAAGGAGAGGCGGCAGAGUCCCUGCUAACUCUCACUCCACCCCUGCAGAGAGCUCUAGUAGCAGAAGGCUCUCAUUCCCCAAAACUUGAAAAGUUCUUUCCUUCCCGCCUGACACAAGCCCCCGUCCAAGUUUCACCUCCCAGUUCCAUGUGUAGUUGAUAAUAAAAAAUACGUUCA